AUGAAGUUCUCUACCUUCCUUAUUGCCGCUUCUGCUGCCCUUGUCUCUGCCCGACCUGGCUUUGUUUCUACCUUUGGUAACGAGCGCGCCGCCCUGGCCAACGAGACUGCUCCUACUCCCACCCCUGGUCUUGAGGAUGGCCGCGAGCUUACCCCUGGACGUGGAGAAGACCGCGAGGACCGAGACCGCGAAGAGGACCGUGCUGGCCGAGAAGGUGAAGACCGUGACCGUGAUGACCGCCGGGGUCGUGACCGUGAGCUUGCUUUCGGCCAGGUCGAUCUCAACUACCUCCUCCAGGUCAACAAGCUCGACCUAGUCAGACUCCAGACCCUUAGCAUCAAGAACAGAUUCGACGUCAACAUCUUCGCCGACCUCUUCGCUGCCGAUGAGUUCAGCAUCAAGUCUCUCCUCCAGCUCCAGCAGCUCUCCACCAUGCUCGCCAUUGCUGAGACCGGUAUCUUUGACCAGUUCGAGCUGUCCAGCCUCAAGCUCGGUGAUCUCAACCUUGGCCUCAUCGAUGGCAUUGGCGGUAUUGAUCUCACUCAGUUCAUCGACGCUGCCACAAGACCCAAGAUCACUGUCAUUGCCAAGCAGGUCAAGGUCAAGAACACUAUUAUCGUCGCCGGAAGGAACUAG